GGCAAAAUACGCAGGCGCAUGGACGACGUCGCGAUCGCGCCGCUGCCCGCCAAGCUGCCGCCCGCCCUGGACGUCGCCGCCCUGGACGUCGCCGCCAUGGCCGACGCGCCGGCAGGUCUCGAGUCGCCGACGUCCACGGAGCAGAUCGCGCCCAUGGACGCGGUGGCCAUGGAGAUGGACAAGGCCAAGGACGCGGCCGUUGCGCCGACGAGCACCAAGUCCGAGAUCGCGGCCGUGGUCGAGGGCCUCGGCGAGCUCAAGAUCGAAACGAUCGAUGCGCCCGAGCCGGCGUCGUCCAAGGUCUCGGCCAUGGUCGACGAGAUCAAGACGCUCCUCAACUCGCCGACCAAGAUCCCGUCCGUGUCCAAGCCCGACAAGCCGUCCAUGAUCCCGCCGCCAUCGCCGCUCGCCAUGGCGACGCCGCCAAUCGCACACGCCAAGGGAGCCAAGGCCGCGCCGAGCUCGUUUGCGCAUCUCAAACGAAAGUCCAUGUCGCCGACGCAGAAGGACGCGCUGUCGGCGCGCCUGUACACGAAAGCGAUGGAGCUCAAGCACAAGCGCGACGAGCUCUCGACACAAGCGCCGGAGGAGUGCACUUUCAAGCCCAACACGACCAAACCCCACAUCAAACUCACCUCGUCGGACGCGAUUGCGUCGAGCGGACCGUCGUCGGUCACCUCGAACGGGUCGGACAAGGACCGGUUCAACAUGCUGCACGACCAAGCAAAGGAGCUCGCGCGUCGCAAGGAAGCCCAGAAGCAGUCGGCCCAGGCCGAGUACUCGUUCAAGCCGGAAAUCUCCAAGAAAUCCCGGCGCCUCUCGCUCAAACUCCGUCUCCGCAAAGCGCGCAAAGACGACAGCGACGACACGAGAACGACGAUAUUGAGUCCGAGAAGCGUCGACGGCAAGCCGACGAGGCGCCACGAAGAGCUGUACGCGCAGCACUUGGAGCUCGCGGCGCGGCGCAAGCAAAAACAGCUCGAGAUGGAAGCCAAGACGGCCGAAGAGUGCACUUUCCAGCCCAAGAUUAAGAAACUCAAGGGCAAAUCGCCGGCCAAGAGCCGACCGCUGUACGACGCGGAGCGCGAGCGUCUCAAGCGACUGGAAAAAGAAGCCAAGAAGAAGCAGCUCGAGAUGGCCGAGUGCACGUUUCGCCCGGCCGUCCAGCGCACCAAGUCGGGGACCGAGGUCAAAGCCGACGAAAAGAGCUUUCUGGACCGGAUGCAAGAAAGCGAGCGCAAGAAGGAAGACCGUCUCGAGGCGCUGCGGAAAGAGCAGGACGAGCGCAAGCUCAAGGAAGCGACGUUCCGGCCCAAAAUCAUCGAGACCAAGUCGUCCAAAGCACUCGCAGACGACAAGCCCUUCCACGAACGCCUCUUUGACAAGGAGUACCUUGUGCAGCAGCAAGCCGACCGCGAGCGCAAGAAGCUUGAGCAAGAAUCGUUUCCGUUCAAACCGUCCAUCGAGUCGUCGCUCGUGUCGAUCCCCGAGCGCCACGGCAGCAUUUUCGAGCGCCUCCAUGACGAAGGCCUCAAGAAAUUGGAGCAGCUGAGCCUCGCCGAGCAAGAACGGUUGAAGCGAGAGAUGGAAGAGUGCACGUUCCACCCGCAAGUGUCGAUCGAGCUCAAGGAGCCACCGACCGAGCCGGUCUGGGACCGCCUCUCGAACGAUAAGAAGCACAUUCUGGAGGAGCGCCAGCGGCUCAAGGAAGUUAACGAAGCCAAGGGCUGCACGUUCAAGCCGGACCUUGGCAUGUCGACGCGGAGCCCAGCGCGGCGCAACACGACGUUGUUGCCGACACCGGCACCCGAUUCGACAUCCCCGGACGUGUCACCGCCAACGUCGAUCGCGCGGCAGUUGCGUCGACAGACGUCGCCGCAGCUCGAUCUGCCCGUGGCGGCGCUCGUCGACGCGGCGGCGGUGCUUCCGACCGUCAACGAGAUGCCCCCGGCCGUCGUUGCGCCACCGUUUCCGCCCGUGGUUGGCGACGAAGUCUCGGAGCAGUCGCGCUCCAUCCUCGACAACUACGACUCGUGGGCGGCGACGCUCGAAGAGAAGAUGCGCGAGCUCAAGUAGACGCUAUGUCCUCCAUGUACCUUGGCAUACUCGUAUGUUUUUACAAGUUAAACGCACGCGUCUUUUUGUGUUGAUCAACA